GACAAGAGUUGAGGGAGUUAUAGGAAGCAUCAUACCCUCUCGGUACUGACGCUCGUCGUUAAUGCGCGGUUCCAUACGGCAAAGUUAUCAAGUUGAACUUAAUUAAAAAGUAAUAUUUUUCAAAAUUUCCUUUUUUUUUGUGAGUGCGUAAUAGUGCAAAUGGAGAUGCUACUUACAUUUUCUUUAGCGCUCUUUUUAAUAGCGUUUCAGCAAUUAUUGGCGACAGAUCCAAUCGAAUUUCACGAAAUCCCUCAAGACAUACAUUUGACCCAGCAGAAAAGACGACUCUCACUGCAAAACACAGCGGAGAUCCAGCACUGUCUGGUGAAUGCUGGGGAUGUGGGCUGUGGCAUGUUCGAAUGCUUCAACAACAACUCGUGUGAAAUCCAAGGCCUACAUGACAUCUGUAUGACAUUUCUGCACAAUGCCGGCAAGUUCGACUCCCAGGGGAAGUCCUUCAUCAAGGAUGCCCUGAAGUGCAUGGCCCACGGCCUGAGGCACCGGUUCAGCUGCGUGAGCAGGAAGUGCCUGGCGGUUAACGAGAUGGUGUUCCAGCUGCAGCGAGAGUGCUACGUCAAACACAACCUUUGUUCUGCUGUCAGGGAGAACGUCAACGUCAUGGUGGAGAUGAUCCACUUCCAGGACCUCUUCCCCAAAGGGCCUCAUGUGGAGCUGGUGAACAUCCUGCUGGGCUGUGGCGAGGAGGUGAGGACGGCCAUAGCACGGCGAGUGAGGAUGCAGUGUGAGCAGAACUGGGGGGCCCUGUGUGGCAGCCUGAGCCUGUGCUCCCUGGGCCGCUCAGAUGACCCCCAACACAUCACCAUCCCUUCCGCCACUCUGCAGGGAGGGAGCACACUGCCCCCUGCUGGCCAGUUCUCCCUCCCCAACACCGAACAGGACCAACCAAGAACAGACCAGCAAGGAGACGAGGGGAGCCUUCACCCCUCUGAGAGUCUCGGUCAUAAUCCCCUGGAUGACGCCACAGACCCUGGGCUCGCUGUGCCCAGUCAAGCACCCAGUACCGCCGUCCAGGGGUGAAACUGAGUGCAAGGUCCCUAGCCUGAACACAACAGAUUAGCCCUUAACCUCUGACCCACAUUUCCCCUCAAGCAACCCUACUACAGACUACCUCUGACCCCCUUUCCCCUCACACAACCCACUACAGAUGACCUCUGUUGUAAACAAGGGAGAGUAAUGACCCUGUACCAUGCUUCUCCAUUCCUACUCUCCUAAAUGGUGCAGGUGACAGGGUAUGUUUGGUAAGAUGUAGAUUUGAGGCCUUGUUUUUCAGUAGUUCCUUAAUUGUUUUAAUUAUAAGUGAUAUUUGAAACUUAUUUUAAAAUAACAUUGAUUUCAUUUGAUUCCUUUUAAAAGUAAAUCAUGGGCAUAUCAAACUUACAGUAUAAACAACUUAUACAGAUCCAGGUAUCUAUGAGUUCAGUAAAGAUUUAAGAGUUUGUCACAGCAAGGACUCUAUUGGAACUGGUGUGAAGUUGUCUUACACUUCUUCCCAAAAUUGUGACUGCAAUAUUCUAGGUUUAGCUAGACUAACUUGUUAUGACUUAUAGUUUGAUAAAAUAGGUUUUAAAGAGACAAUAGCCUUAAUUAAACUCACAUCUUGGUUGGCUGACUUGCUCCAGGUCCUAUUUUUCUAGGUAUCCAGAAGUUGAGGUAAAUUAUAAGUAAACGGUCUAUUGUGCUUUACAUUCUGUCAACUAGUUUCAAUACUGCAUUUGUUUGAACCAAAUGCUAUCGCUACCGUAAAUAAACUUGUGUAGAGCAGUGUGCUUACGCAAGCUGUCAAUGUUUCUGCGGAAACUAUUUUAUUUGCAGUACAACAGUGAACCGUACAACUCAAUGUCACAUCAACUCUGCAGAGAAGUCCUUUACUGGCCCAUAUGAUGCACUGUGUGCAAUUACUCAUCACAAGUAACAACUUGGCUGACAAGUGGCCCUUCUACCACAAUCAGGAAAGCUCAGUAUAAAGAAUUCUCACAACCAUAAACUCAAACAUGGUAAUGCGCGUUCACUCAAAGGCAAACAUCAGGAAACCUCAGGUCAUAACAAAACAAUGAGACCCAUCAAAAUGUAUUAGUUAAAUGGAAUGUUGUGAGUCUUAGCCUGUUCUCACUGAGGCCUUCACUAAUAUGUAUCAGGGUCUACUGCAAUGCAUUUAAACUUUUUUUCACACAGGAUGACCACCAUGUCUUGUCAAACAUUUUCAAAUCUGACACUUUGAAUGUUUUUACUAGCUUUUUAUCCAGCUAGCUUGUUCUUUAGUAACCUCAUCAAAAGUACUCCAAGGAACCUACCUCACCUCUCACCAGUCAUGUCAGCUCUAGAGAUGUUUAAUACUGGACACAUUGAGGACAUUGAACUGGUAUGAACACAACAGACACUCUGCUAUCUCACGCAUUCAUUUUUUUUUUUUACACUUUGUACAGUGUGCUUGUAUGAUGUGGAUUUUUCUUUUGGUAUGUCCAGUUGUGCAUGUGUAAGAUGAGCAUCAACUGCCCUCUACACAACUUCUGUCAGUACUAUCAGCUACAUGUAAUCAAGUGGAUGACUGCAUUCACAGACUGUACUUGAAAACAGCAACUUUAUUUCUUACGAAGUUUGUUUGUACUCUGAUUCAAUGUCUGUAUUGAACUUAUUUAUUUUGACUACUUUUCUUAAGCUAUGCAUUACCUUUGUUUAUGGUUAGGCCUUGAUACAAGCAAACUACCAUUUUAUACAUCACUUUUCAUUUGAGUUAUUUUUGACUUUAAACAUUUCGGAUACUUUGCCAUUUUAAAUCUAUGACAAUGCAUUGUAAUCGUUGUAUAAGCAUAAUGUUGAAUAAACUAACAAAUUCUACUA